GUUUGGUUUCAAAAUCGUCGUGCUAAGUGGCGCAAACGCGAAAAAUUUAUGAAUCAGGACAAAAACGGAUAUCUGCUGCCCGAUCAAGGCUUGCCCGAUUUUCCGCUUGGUAUUCCCCUUCCACAUGGCAUCCCCGGCCANUUGCCCAAUUUCCAUACGCUGCUCUCACAAUACAUGGGUUUGAGUAAUUUGAAUGGCAUCUUCGCUGCUGGCUACCCGCAAAAUCUAUCCUUACACUCUGCCGCACAAGUUAGUCCGCCGUGCAGUAAUAGUCCGCGUGACAGUCCACCUACUCAACAACAAUCUGCAGCGGCGCUCGCGUGUCUGGUGCCCACAUUAAUGGUGGCGGGUGGUGGUGUGACGUUGACUUCAUCGGCCGCAGCCUCGCCCAAGAGUCCCAUGGCGCCGAGUGUGGCGAGCAGCGCUUCAACGCCUGUAUCGGUGGUGACCAAAACUGAGGAAUGAACAUAACUGCGGCGAAGUUGUUGUGCGGUGACAGUUGAAGGCUGAGUGCAAAUCUUUUGCUGGGCGAAUAGGCGUUGUACAUACAUACAUACAUACAUAAAUCGGUCAUACGUGCCGUAUAAGUAUUUAAAUUGCUAACUAAUUUAAUUUGUAAAUAUAUUCAAUAAAUAAUUUAAAUGCCGCAUAUAGUGCUAAGGGUUUGUAAGUUUUAAAGACAGAAUAAAAAGUGAUAAAGACUUGCUUGUUUAAGGAAGAAAUGUACAUUUGUAUUUUA